GCAGGUGUCCCCCCUACCUCGGCGCGUCCCGCGGGGUCUCCUGCCCCGGGGUGCACGGGCGGAGGGCGCAUUCCCCGGACCCUGGACCCCCGAGGAGUGGGCCUGCGCGGCGCAGCCCCCACCUCUGCGACCCCUGGGGGGCGUCCGGGUAGGAGCCCCCUCCCCACGCUGCCAAAGUGCUCCGAAGUUGCGGUCCCGCCCGUUCCCCGCGGGCAGUGCCCACCCGGUGGACAACCGCAGGCCCACAAUGCCCCGCUGAGCCGGUCCAGCAGCUGAGUGGAUCCAAGCAGAGAAGAUCCGAUGGAGGGGUCCCUGGCAGGCAGCCUGGCUGCACCAGAUCGUCCCCGAGGCCCAGAGAGACUGCCCGGCCCAGCACCGAGGGAGAACAUCGAGGGUGGGGCCGAGGCUGCUGAGGGGGAAGGUGGCAUCUUCCGGUCCACCCGUUACCUGCCUGUCACCAAGGAGGGCCCCCGAGACAUUCUGGAUGGCAGAGGUGGAAUCUCUGACGGGCAGCCCCAUCCCGGCCUCAGCGAAGCCCUCCCCCGUGCCACCUCCGCCACCCAUCGGAUCAGCAGCUGCUGCUGGGAUGGAGGCAGCCUGGACUUCCGGCCGGGCUCCCCACCACCCCACCUCCUGGGCCAUUUCCCAGGCACCCCUGAUGGCCGGGGGCCUUGGGAGCACCCCCUUGUCCAGGAGGCUGGGGAGGGCAUCCUAUCUGAGCGGAGAUUCGAGGACUCGGUCAUUGUGAGAGCCAUGAAACCCCACGCUGAGCUAGAGGGCUCUAGAAGGUUCUUACACCACCGGGGGGAACCAAGGCUCUUGGAGAAACAUGCCCAGGGCCGCCCCAGGUUCGACUGGCUCCACGAUGAGGACGAGCAGGGAUCCCCUCAGGACGCAGGGCUGCACUUGGACCUGCCUGCCCAGCCACCACCCCUCGCCCCCUUCAGAAGGGUGUUUGUGCCAGUGGAAGACACCCCGAAGACGCUGGACAUGGCGGUGGUGGGUGGCAGAGAAGACCUGGAGGACCUAGAGGGGCUGGCCCAGCCAUCCGAGUGGGGCCUACCCACGUCAGCCUCGGAGGUAGCCACACAGACCUGGACAGUGAACUCGGAGGCUUCUGUGGAGCGGCUGCAGCCACUACUGCCCCCAAUCCGGACCGGGCCCUACCUGUGUGAGCUGCUGGAGGAGGUGGCCGAAGAGGUGGCCAGCCCAGAUGAGGACGAGGAUGAGGAGCCGGCUGUGUUCCCAUGCAUCGAGUGCAGCAUCUACUUCAAGCAGAAGGAGCACCUCCUGGAGCACAUGAGCCAGCACCGCCGAGCCCCAGGCCAGGAGCCCCCUGCGGACCUGGCCCCGCUGGCCUGUGGCGAGUGCGGCUGGGCCUUUGCCGACCCCACUGCCCUGGAGCAGCACCGGCAGCUGCACCAGGCCUCCCGGGAGAAGAUCAUUGAGGAGAUCCAAAAGCUGAAGCAAGUUCCAGGAGAUGAGGGCCGGGAGGCACGGCUGCAGUGCCCCAAGUGUGUCUUUGGCACCAAUUCCUCCAGGGCCUAUGUGCAGCAUGCCAAGCUGCACGUGCGUGAGCCCCCAGGCCAGACUGCCAAGGAGCCUUUUGGAGGCAGCAGCGGGGCUGGCAGCCCCAGCCCUGAGGCCAGCGCCCUCCUCUAUCAGCCCUACGGAGCUGCCAUUGGCCUCAGCGCCUGUGUCUUCUGUGGUUUCCCUGCGCCCAGCGAGAGCCUACUCAGGGAGCACGUGAGGCUGGUGCAUGCCCAUCCCCACUGGGAGGAGGAUGGCGAGGCUUAUGAGGAGGACCCUGCCAGCCAGCCGGGCACUAGCCAGGAUGCUCACGCCUGCGUCCCUGACACUGCUGUGGACUACUUUGGCAAAGCUGAGCCGUCCUUGGCCCCCAUGUGGCGGGAGAACCCUGCUGGAUACGACCCCAGCCUGGCCUUUGGCCCAGGAUGCCAGCAGCUGAGCAUCAGAGAUUUCCCGCUGUCAAAGCCACUCCCGCAUGGCACGGGCCAGAGGCCUCUCGGAAGGCUGGCCUUUCCCUCCACUCUAGCAUCCACCCCCUAUUCCUUACAGCUCGGGAGAAACAAAAGCACUGUCCACCCACAAGGGCUGGGGGAACGGAGGCGUCCUUGGAGCGAAGAGGAGGAAGAGGAGGAGGAAGAGGAGGACGUAGUGCUGACCUCCGAGAUGGAUUUUUCCCCUGAAAAUGGGGUCUUUUCACCCCUAGCCACCCCCAGCCUCAUCCCGCAGCCAGCCCUGGAGCUGAAGCAGACAUUCCGAAAGGCCCUGCAGGCAGCAGAGGCCACCCAGGGGCAGCAGCAGCAGCUCCGAGGGAUGGUGCCCAUUGUGCUGGUGGCAAAGCUGGGGCCACAGGUCAUGGCGGCAGCCAGGGUGCCCCCAAGGUUGCAGCCCGAGGAGCUGGGGCUGGCAGGCGCCCACCCCCUGGACUUCCUGCUCCUGGACGCGCCGCUGGGCGGCCCGCUGGGGCUGGACACACUGCUGGAUGGGGACCCGGCCAUGGCACUGAAGCACGAGGAGCGGAAAUGCCCCUACUGCCCUGAUCGCUUCCACAAUGGCAUCGGCUUGGCCAACCACGUCCGGGGCCACCUGAACCGUGUGGGCGUCAGCUACAAUGUGCGCCAUUUCAUCUCCGCUGAGGAGGUGAAGGCCAUUGAGCGCAGGUUCUCCUUCCAGAAGAAGAAGAAAAAAGUGGCCAACUUUGACCCAGGCACCUUCAGCCUGAUGCGCUGUGACUUCUGCGGGGCUGGCUUCGACACACGGGCCGGCCUCUCCAGCCAUGCCCGGGCCCACCUACGUGACUUCGGUAUCACCAACUGGGAGCUUACUGUCUCACCCAUCAACAUCCUGCAGGAGCUGCUGGCCACCUCUGCUGCUGAGCAGCCCCCCAGCCCCCUGGGCCGAGAGCCUGGGGGUCCACCUGGCAGCUUCCUGACCUCCCGUCGGCCCCGCUUACCUCUCACGGUGCCCUUUCCACCCACCUGGGCUGAGGACCCUGGGCCAGCCUAUGGAGAUGCCCAGAGCCUGACCACCUGCGAGGUCUGCGGUGCCUGCUUUGAGACCCGAAAGGGCCUGUCCAGCCACGCGCGCUCCCACCUGCGGCAGCUGGGAGUGGCAGAGUCAGAGAGCAGCGGCGCACCCAUCGACCUCCUCUACGAGCUUGUGAAGCAGAAGGGCCUGCCUGAUGCCCACCUUGGGCUGCCCCCAGGCCUGGCUAAGAAGUCCAGCUCGCUGAAGGAGGUGGUCGCCGGGGCCCCCCGGCCCGGCUUGCUCACCCUGGCCAAGCCCUUGGAUGCCCCUGCUGUCAACAAAGCCAUCAAGUCGCCUCCCGGCUUCUCGGCCAAGGGCCUGGGCCACCCGCCCAGCUCUCCACUCCUCAAAAAGACACCACUGGCCCUGGCGGGCUCCCCUACCCCUAAGAAUCCUGAGGACAAGAGCCCCCAGCUGUCCCUGAGCCCCCGGCCGGCCUCCCCAAAGGCACAGUGGCCUCAGUCUGAGGAUGAGGGGCCCUUGAACCUCACCUCAGGCCCAGAGCCAGCACGAGACAUCCGCUGCGAGUUCUGUGGUGAGUUCUUCGAGAACCGCAAGGGCCUCUCGAGCCACGCGCGCUCCCACCUGCGGCAAAUGGGCGUGACCGAGUGGUACGUCAAUGGCUCACCCAUCGACACGCUGCGGGAGAUCCUGAAGAGACGGACCCAGUCUCGGCCUGGUGGACCUCCCAACCCACCAGGGCCAAGCCCAAAAGCCCUGGCCAAGAUGAUGGGCGGCGCAGGUCCUGGCAGCUCACUGGAAGCCCGCAGCCCCUCGGACCUUCACAUCUCACCCUUGGCCAAGAAGUUGCCACCGGGCAGCCCUCUGGGCCACUCACCAACGGCCUCUCCUCCUCCUACGGCCCGAAAGAUGUUCCCAGGCCUGGCUGCACCCUCCUUGCCCAAGAAGCUGAAGCCUGAACAAAUACGGGUGGAGAUCAAGCGGGAGAUGCUGCCGGGGGCCCUUCAUGGGGAACUGCACCCAUCUGAGGGUCCCUGGGGGGCACCACGGGAAGACAUGACACCCCUGAACUUGUCGUCCCGGGCAGAGCCGGUGCGCGACAUCCGCUGUGAGUUCUGCGGCGAGUUCUUCGAGAACCGCAAGGGCCUGUCAAGUCACGCGCGCUCACACCUGCGGCAGAUGGGUGUGACCGAGUGGUCCGUCAAUGGUUCGCCCAUCGACACACUGCGAGAGAUCCUCAAGAAGAAGUCCAAGCCAUGCCUCAUCAAGAAGGAGCCACCGGCUGGAGACCUGGCCCCUGCCUUGGCUGAGGACGGGCCUCCCACCGUGGCCCCUGGGCCCGUGCAGUCCCCACUGCCGCUGUCGCCCCUGGCUGGCCGGCCAGGCAAACCAGGUGCAGGGCCGGCCCAAGUUCCUCGUGAGCUCAGCCUGACGCCCAUCACUGGGGCCAAGCCCUCAGCCACUGGCUACCUGGGCUCAGUGGCAGCCAAGCGGCCCCUGCAGGAGGACCGCCUCCUCCCAGCAGAGGUCAAGGCCAAGACCUACAUCCAGACUGAACUGCCCUUCAAGGCAAAGACCCUUCAUGAGAAGACCUCCCACUCCUCCACCGAGGCCUGCUGUGAGCUGUGUGGCCUUUACUUUGAAAACCGCAAGGCCCUGGCCAGCCACGCACGGGCACACCUGCGGCAGUUCGGCGUGACCGAGUGGUGCGUCAAUGGCUCACCCAUCGAGACACUGAGCGAGUGGAUCAAGCACCGGCCCCAGAAGGUGGGCGCCUACCGCAGCUACAUCCAGGGCGGCCGCCCCUUCACCAAGAAGUUCCGCAGUGCCGGCCAUGGCCGUGACAGUGACAAGCGGCCGUCCCUGGGGCUGGCACCUGGGGGCCUGGCCGUGGUCGGCCGCAGUGCCGGAGGGGAGCCAGGGCCCGAGGCUGGCCGGGCAGCCGACAGUGGUGAGCGGCCUCUAGCCGCCAGCCCGCCAGGCACUGUGAAGGCUGAAGAGCACCAGCGGCAGAACAUCAACAAAUUCGAACGCCGACAAGCCCGUCCCCCAGAUGCCUCCGCAGCCCGGGGAGGCGAGGACACCAAUGACCUACAGCAGAAGCUGGAGGAGGUGCGGCAACCCCCACCCCGAGUCCGUCCGGUCCCCUCCCUGGUGCCCCGGCCCCCCCAGACAUCACUUGUCAAGUUCGUGGGCAACAUCUACACCCUCAAAUGCAGGUUCUGUGAAGUGGAAUUCCAGGGCCCCCUCUCCAUCCAGGAAGAGUGGGUGCGGCACUUACAGCGGCACAUCCUGGAGAUGAACUUCUCCAAAGUGGACCCCCCACCUGAGGAGUCCCAGGCCCCGCAGGCACAGACAGCGGCGGCAGAGGCUCCCUAACACAAAAGCAUUCCAGAUCCCCUCUCAUGCCACCUCUGUCUCCUCUUCUUCCUCCUCUGUGUCCUUGUCCCUCUUCCUCUUUCUUUCCGUUUCCAAAGGAGCAAGCCAAAACCUCAAACCGGUGCCCCUUGGGGGCCGGGCACACUACAGCCAGGGCGCCGGGAGCCAGCUAGCCGCCCUUCCCCCAGCCCGAGGACUCUGGGGCCACAGGAUGUCUUCCUUCAGCCCAUGCCCACCUGGUCCAGCAGGGGCAGCAGCCAGGUCUCUGGUGGCAGCCGAUCUGGUCACAGGGGAGGACAGCACUCCCCCGUCUAGCAGCCAGGCAGGGCGAUGUCUGCCAUCCGUGGCCAUUUGCAAAGACCCCAAAGACCCCUGUUCUGGUUCCCUCUCUCCCCCAUGAAUAUCCUCUCACACGCAUGUACAUGCGAACACACACACACGCACCUCGUGAGACCCGGGACCUGCCCCGGACCCCCAGUUCUUGGGUUGAACGACCACAUCAUGCCACGGUGCUUGCUCAGGGGAAGCCACGCUCCCUCUGUGGGGCCUGCUGGGGCUGGGAGCCCCCCACUGAGCCCACAAUGCCACGGAAAUCCUUGUUGGCUGCCUCCCAGAGGGGCCUUCCCAGCUGGGAAGAGCUCAGAGCUGACAGCUGCCUCCUGCCAUGUCAAGGCCCCCCAAAGAGCCUCAGGGGCUCUGGGGCCCUGGAGGGUGGGGUUGGGGGGUGGGACUCUCCUCCCCCACUCCUGCUCCCUCUCCCUUUUCACUGUUGCUUUCUAUGUAUAGCUCCCUAGACCUUUCACUUUUUUAAAAACGCGUUUUGUGUAGAGAAUAAGGAACGUGGAUCUUUUUAUUUUGCAAUCCUGGGCCAGCUAGAAGCCGGGAGCUGAUUGACCUUUUAACUUUUUUCAGUGGCCACAUUUUGGUUAUCGAUGUACCUAGAAGUAUGUAAAUUAGAUUAAAUUUCUCUUCUGGAAACGCCCUGGGGCAGGCAGCCAGCGUGUGUUUUUCUGUCGAGUGGACAGGCUGGCAUUGGCUGGCAGCCGGGGCUGGGAUCGGGGCCUCCUCUGUCCAGAGCCAUGGAGCCCCUGGGUUUUCCCGUUGGCCGCCAAGCCGACCAGAUGCAGCUGGGGAUGAGCCCAAGUUCCCAGCUGUUGGCCCUUUAUGCCAUGGCUGGGAGGGGGGCUCUGGCUGGCUGGCAAAGCGGCUCCAGUGAGCAGACGAACCAGGGUUCUGGGCAGCCCGUCUGGGAAGGGAGCCAGGAUCAAGAAGCAGUUGAGGCUAGAGCAGCUUAUCAAGGGCAGGAGCUACCAGCGAGGGUGUCAGGGACCCGUUGGGAGUAUUUGGGGUGGGGGGGGGGCCCGUGGGGGUGUAGAGAGCUGGAACUCACCUGCUUUUAAUACAUGGGACUUCUAGUGAGACACAUGCACCCCUGACCCAAGGAACACAAGGGGAAAAGGGGCCACUGGCUCCUUUGCGAUGUUAUUUAUUUUCUUGCUCUGCAAAUGUUUAUUGAACAUUUCUGAGAUUUUAA